UCAAAUCAACGAAGACUAACGCGGUUACAGCCAAUAGGUGAUCAACCGAAUCGGCGCUCGGAUGUCGCUUUGGAACCUAAAACGAACAUAUUUAAACCUCUGUGUGUUAUUUCUACGAACUAUGACGGAUCGACACGUCGGAUGAGACGGGAUAUUGACGUUGUACGACGCUCAGUGAGUCCACUCUACUCUUGGAAGCAGGAUGGAGACUUUGAUUCCCACCAUCAACCGUUUACAAGAGGUUUUCCUCACAGUGGGCGCAGAGAUCAUUCAUCUGCCUCAAAUCGUCGUGGUCGGAUCUCAGAGUAGCGGGAAGAGCUCGGUGCUGGAGAGUCUGGUUGGACGUGAUUUCCUGCCCCGCGGCUCAGGGAUCGUCACCAGACGACCGCUGGUGUUGCAGCUUGUCAACGUUGCACCUCUGGAGGAGCGGCUGAAAACUGAAAAUGGAAAUGGGGUUAAACAAACUGCACAAAACAACUACCAAGGUGUCAAAGCUGAAGAAUGGGGCACCUUCCUGCACUGCAAGAAUCAGGUGUUCACGGAUUUUGGGGAAAUUCGCCGGGAAAUUGAGGCAGAGACCGAACGUUCUUCAGGCAACAACAAGGGAAUCGCUCCCGAGCCCAUACAUUUGAAGAUUUUCUCCCCCAAAGUCCUCAAUCUGACCCUUGUUGAUCUACCCGGCAUUACAAAGGUCCCUGUCGGGGACCAGCCCGAGGACAUCGAGUCCCAAGUGCAGGAGAUGAUCUUGUCCUUCAUCUCCAAUCCCAACUCCCUCAUCCUCUCGGUGUCCGCCGCCAACUCUGACUUGGCCACCUCGGACGCUCUGAAACUGGCUCGUGAGGUCGAUCCAGAUGGUCGACGGACUCUGCUUGUUGUCAGCAAGCUGGAUUUGAUGGACGCAGGGACAGACGCACUGGAGGUACUUCUCGGUCGAGUCAUUCCAGUCAGGCUCGGGAUCAUCGGGGUGGUUAACAGGAGCCAGCAUGACAUCAACACGCAGAAGAGCCUGGGCGACAGCAUGAAGGACGAGCAGGCCUUCCUGCAGCGCCACUACCCGUCGCUGGCCUCCCGCGCCGGCUCGCGCUACCUGGCCAAAACGCUCAGCAGGCUGCUCAUGCACCACAUCCGAGACUGCCUGCCGGAUCUCAAGACCCGCGUGACGGUUCUCAGCGCCCAGUACCAGUCGCGCCUCAACAGCUACGGUCAGCCGGUGGAGGACCACAGCGCCACCCUGCUGCAGAUUGUCACCAAGUUCGCCAGCGAUUACUGCAACACAAUCGAGGGCACGGCUCGCUAUAUUCAAACCUCUGAGCUCUGUGGCGGAGCUCGCAUCUGUUACAUCUUCCACGAAACCUUCGGCCGCACUCUGCAGUCCAUCGACCCCCUUGGAGGACUGACAGAACUCGAUGUCCUCACUGCCAUCCGCAAUGCUACCGGUCCACGUCCUGCACUUUUUGUCCCUGAGGUGUCCUUUGAGUUGUUGGUGAAGCGUCAAAUCAAGCGUCUGGAGGAACCCAGCCUGCGCUGCGUGGAGCUGGUUCACGAAGAGCUGCAGAGGAUCAUCCAGCACUGCUCAUCCUUUAGCACGCAGGAACUUUUGAGAUUCCCCAAACUUCAUGAUUCCAUUGUGGAAGUAGUGACCGGGCUACUGAGAAAGCGUCUGCCAAUUGCCAACGAAAUGGUGCAUAAUUUAGUAGCAAUCGAACUCGCCUACAUCAACACAAAGCAUCCGGACUUCACGGAUGCGGCGCAGGUCUCGGCAUCAGUCAACUGUCAGCAGGCAGAGGGCCUGGAUGGAACCAAGCGCUGGAAGAAUGACAAGGUUGCGGAGGAGAAAGCCCCAGCGGCGGGCUUUGGCAGCCCCGGCAAAGGGCAGCCCAUUAACCUUCUUGACACGGCAGUGCCCGUGUCCCGCAAACUGAGUUCCAAAGAGCAAAGGGACUGCGAGGUCAUCCAGCGCCUCAUCAAGUCUUAUUUCCUCAUUGUCCGCAAGACCAUCCAGGACAGCGUGCCCAAGACCGUCAUGCAUUUCCUGGUGAACUAUGUCAAGGAGCAUCUGCAAAGCGAGCUGGUGGGUCAGCUGUAUAAGCAGACCCUCCUCCAAGACCUGCUCAUUGAGUCUCAGGACACAGCGCAGCAGAGGACAGAGGUCGCUCAAAUGCUGCAGGCGCUUAAGAAGGCCAAUAACAUCAUCUCUGAGAUCAGAGAGACACACCUGUGGUAGCUAAAGGAAGCACACACUCCUCACUUUCUCAACAAUCAGUCUGUUUGUGUGUGUGUGAGUGUGUGUGUGUCGUGUGAGAUUUUUCCUGGACCAAUGAAUUUUUUUUUUUUUAGCAUAUUUCAAUCCAUCGCUGCCCUAAAGCAGAACCGCCAGGGCUCCUCACUCAGGCCUAAAAUGUUUUGUCACUUCACUGGCAAUGUGAACAAACUCUCAAACUCCCCUUGUGUCAUUUUAUCACGCAAUGUGUGUGUCUGCUUGUCAUACGUGUACGUUACAUUUGUAAUAUUUAAGUUUUGUAAGUGCGAAAAUGGCCAACAGACUUUGAGCAGGUGCAUUGCACUCCGUUUUAAAGCCAAUUGCUGGCUCAAAUCUUGUUGACCACAAGGAGACGGAUCACCUGUUGAUUUGGAAUCGCGGUCCAAUCCAAAAUGUUUGAGAAAGUCAUGUCAGAGCACGAGGUUUUUAUUACUUGGCCAAGUUCAAAUAGAGUAGGUGUAAUUUCAACUAUAUCAAGACCCCCCCCCCCCCUCCCUCCAUUGAUCUUGAUAUUCUAUUCUUGUUACAGGUAAUUUAGGAGCACCUUUUUAGGACUCUCGUUUGUUAUGUCAAGCUAUCUUUUUUUUUUCUUCAGGGAAAGAAACUAAUUUAUUUUGUACAAUAUCUCAUUUGGUACAUGUUUCUGUUUCACAACUGUAAUAGGUGCAACUUGUAAAAACUGAGCAUCAAGCUUUUACUGGCAGGGAUUUGAUUUUGUAUGAGACACGAUUAAAAAAAAACAAAAAACUUGAAGGUUAAAGGUUAAGUACGUGUUCACUGGUCAAGCUUUUAGUGGUUGUUAAAUGCCAGAGAAGGAAUCCCACUGUUUUAUUACAAUGUUCACUUUGAGCGUCAUGAGGCGGCGGCGGUGUGAAUCUCGUAAUGGAAGGCUCACAUUCUUUGUCACAGUUUUGCUCGACAUCAUUUUCCUCCUUGCUUUCUAUAGCUCACAUGUCAGAGGCAGUUGAUUUUGUUGCAGUAUUGCCCCCCCCCCCCCCCCCCCUCCAAGUUUGGCACAUGCCUCCCUGGGAUCGAUAUUCCCUGGGUCCGUCUUCUCCCAUAUAGAAAGAAUGACAUUUUUUCACAGUGAUUGAGUGGAGCUGACAUUAAUUCAAUUGUCCGUCGUCCUGAAAGGGGGAGAAAAAAAAUCUUAGAGGACAGAGAAGCUCUUCGCUGCUUACAAAUGAGGAGUCCAAUCGUUCUCAUCCGAAUACACCCAGCAUACAGUAGAAUACAGUAUUUCCUCCCACUGUCCACAUUCCCCCCCCCCCCCCCCCCCCCGCUGCCUUCACCCAAACUCCCUUUAAGAAUUACUAUAACAAAACAUGACCCGACACGUUUCUUUGACUACCCGAUGUAUAAAUGCUUGAUUUGUCACUGUCGGUGUUAAGGAUCAUUCUUAUUUACGGAACUUAAGCGCCAUCCUCCAAAUCAGGGAUGUUAUGUGAAGGGGUUGUGUGUGUAUAUUUUGCAUGCGGUGAGAAUGCAAAAGAGGAGCUGGUAUGAACGAUUGGGAAUUUUGUGUGAUUUCACUGUAAAUUAUUCACAAUGCGUGGACUGCCUCUUGAGUUCUUGCCUGCCAAUAUUUGUGAUUUAAUGUUUUACUCCUGGAGGCCAUUAAACUUCGGUGAAGGACAA